GCUGCACGGGGGCGGAGGCGAUAGAGGCGUCGGCAGGGUCGCCCCGAGGAGGCGCGAGGGACCUGGCGAAGGUCCGGUCCUCGGGGCCCCGGGCUGAAGCGGGAAGGGGGUCCGGCGCUGCGGGGCAGGGAGGCAAGAUGACUUCUCUCCCCCAAGCCUGGAACAGCUGAAGGAAACCGCCGUGCAAGAUGAGAACCACAAAGGUCUACAAACUGGUCAUCCACAAGAAGGGCUUUGGGGGCAGCGAUGAUGAGCUGGUCAUGAACCCCAAAGUGUUUCCUCACAUCAAGCUUGGGGACAUUGUGGAGAUCGCUCACCCCAACGAUGAGUACAGCCCUCUGCUUUUGCAAGUCAAGUCACUUAAGGAAGAUUUACAGAAAGAAACUAUCAGUGUGGACCAGACCGUGACCCAAGUGUUUCGUCUAAGACCUUAUCAAGAUGUCUAUGUGAAUGUCGUAGACCCUAAGGAUGUGACCCUUGAUCUAGUGGAGCUAACCUUUAAGGAUCAAUAUAUUGGCCGUGGGGAUAUGUGGAGACUAAAGAAAAGUUUGGUCAGCACAUGCGCCUACAUCACUCAGAAGGUGGAAUUUGCUGGGGAACAGGCACAGGCUGGUGAGCUGUGGGUCAAGAAUGAGAAGGUCAUGUGUGGUUAUAUCAGUGAAGAUACCAGGGUGGUGUUCCGUUCUACGUCGGCUAUGGUUUACAUAUUUAUUCAGAUGAGCUGUGAAAUGUGGGAUUUUGAUAUUUAUGGGGAUCUGUAUUUUGAGAAAGCUGUGAAUGGUUUCCUUGCCGAUCUCUUUACCAAGUGGAAGGAGAAGAACUGUAGUCAUGAAGUGACAGUGGUCCUAUUUUCUAGAACUUUCUAUGAUGCAAAAUCGCUUGAUGAAUUUCCCGAGGUAAACCGAGCCUCAAUUCGACAGGAUCACAAGGGGCGAUUCUAUGAAGACUUUUAUAAAGUGGUGGUGCAGAAUGAGAGGAGAGAAGAGUGGACGUCACUCCUGGUGACCAUUAAAAAGCUCUUCAUCCAGUAUCCAGUGUUGGUGCGACUGGAACAGGCAGAGGGCUUCCCUCCAGGAGACAAUUCUACCUCAGCACAAGGGAACUACCUAGAGGCCAUCAACCUGUCCUUCAAUGUGUUUGACAAGCACUAUAUCAACCGCAACUUUGACCGAACUGGGCAGAUGUCCGUGGUGAUCACGCCUGGGGUGGGUGUGUUCGAAGUGGACCGUCUACUCAUGAUCCUGACCAAGCAGCGGAUGAUAGAUAACGGAAUUGGUGUGGACUUGGUGUGCAUGGGGGAGCAGCCGUUACAUGCCGUCCCAUUGUUCAAGCUGCAUAACCGGAGUGCUCCUUGCGAUUCCCGUCUGGGCGACGACUAUAAUAUUCCUCACUGGAUCAACCACAGUUUCUACACCUCCAAAAGCCAGCUCUUUUGUAACAGUUUCACCCCCCGGAUAAAACUGGCCGGAAAGAAGCCUGCCUCCGAGAGAGCGAAAAAUGGCCGUGACACGUCUCUUGGGACUCCAAAAGAAGCCGAGAAUGCCCUUCCCAUCCAAGUAGACUAUGAUGCCUACGACGCUCAAGUGUUCAGGCUGCCAGGCCCAUCCCGGGCUCAGCGCCUCGCCACCUGCAGGUCUGUGCGCGAGCAGGAGAGUCACAGUCGAAAGAGUGCCAGCUCCUGCGACGUCUCCUCCAGCCCUUCCGUGCCCAGCCGGGCGCUGCCCACGGAGGAAGUGAGGAGCCAGGCUUCCGAUGACAGCUCCCUGGGCAGGAGCGCCAACAUCCUCAUGAUCCCUCUCCCCCACCUGCACCAGUAUGAAGUCAGCAGCUCCUUGGGCUACACCAGCACGCGAGAUGCCCUGGAGAACAUGGUGGAGCCGCCGCAGCGAGACUCCAGCGCGCCAGGGCGGUUCCACGUGGGCAGCGUGGAAUCCAUGCUGCACGUUCGACCGGGGGGCUGCGCACCCCAGCGGGCGCUGAUCAACCCCUUCGCCCCCUCACGGAUGCCCAUGAAGCUCACGUCCAACAGGAGGCGCUGGAUGCACACCUUCCCUGUGGGACCAUCCGGAGAGGCCAUCCAGAUCCAUCACCAGACCCGACAGAACAUGGCGGAGCUGCAGGGCAGCGGGCGGAGGGACCCCACCCACUCCUCUGCAGAGCUGCUGGAGUUAGCCUAUCAUGAAGCUGCUGGAAGGCACAGCUCCUCCCGCCAGCCCGGCGACGGCAUGUCCUUCUUGAACUUCGGUGGGACGGAAGAGCUUGCUGCCGGCCUGCUUAGCAACAGCGGCGCAG